AUGAUAUCAGCACACGUUCGACAAAAGUUCAAAGGAAGACAUUUACCUUACGUAGCAGCGACCGUGUGGUCAAUAUACUUGGGAGCUGAUUGGGUUGCAACAUUGGCUAUGACCACCGUUCUUAGGGGCACCUUGGAAAAGGAAAGUGCGGUUGUGGUGCUUUGGGUUCCAUUCCUUCUGUGGCAUCUUGGCAGCCCAGCUAACAUCACGGCUUAUUCUUUAGAAGACAAUGAGCUGUGGUUGAGACAUUUUCUUGGACUAGUCUCCAAUGGUGCAGAGGCACUGUACAUCUACUUCAAGUUUCGAACAGCUGGAGUCCCGAUUUAUGGAAGCCUCCACUACCCUGAUGUCAUGGUUGUUCCGCUAUUAGUCGGCGGAAUUCUCAAGUACGCGGAAAGGAUAGUGGCGCUGAGAUCCGCAUGCAGUGAACAGCUCCGGAGUGCCGUAUAUUCUGAAGCAGAAAACAACCAGCGUGAAUCAAAGGGAAGAGAAAUGAUUAGAACGGGGUUGUACGAGUCGGCUGGGACGGUAAAACAGUUUGUAGAGGACCCACAGGUCAAAUUUCUCCAAGAGGCACGCAAGUCGUUUGAAAUUUUUAGGCCCUUGUUUUUGGACCUCCCGUUUAAAGUUUCCGAGAAGUAUCUCGACCACAAUGUUUACUUGAAGGACAAAUCCGCGAAAGAAGCCUUCCGAUUGGUAAAAAUUGAACUGCAAUUCUUUCAUGAUUUGCUCUUCACCAAGAAUCCUAUACAGUACCGUCAUCGUAAACUGAAUGCAUUUCUUCGCGGUUUCUACAUUUUGUCUGCUCUGUCCGUACUGAUAGUUCUCUCAACACAGAAUCAUAUUGGUGUGAGCAAAAGAGACAUAACAGGAGUUGACAUCGCCGUGACCUACUUGCUGUUGGUAGGGGCCAUUUUACUGGAUGUUUUGGGAGCUCUUCUGCACCUUUUGUCUUAUUGGACCAUGAUUGAAUUUGGCAUUGCUGGUGGCAAGCUGUAUAAGUUGUACCAUUGGCUGGUUGCGUCCAGGUUGCGUUCAAUUAAGUCUAUGGCUGGAACACCAAAUAUAGCGCAGUACGAUUUGGUUAAGGAUUUUUGCUCAAAGCGCGGGAAUGGGAUUUUCUCUGGGCUCAUAAAUCUUGUUGACACCAACAAACUUCGAAUCAAGUACCGUAUUAUCAGUUGGGUGGAACUGGAACAUUAUCUCCAGGAAUUCAUCUACACUGGCUUGGAAAAGGAACGCCUCAAUCCUUCAUUAAGUGCUGAGGUUCUCAGAAUAAUAGGUCAGGAUGCUUCUUUGCAGCCAUUGCUGGAACUUGGAAAGGGUGCAAGGAAAGGAAUGCCCGUAGGUUUAACGCGCGUGAUCUUUGUUUUUCAUAUUGCUACCAAGCUGAUUUACUACAAUGCUGUUCAAAGAGGACGACAUGCUCGCUCAUCAUUGUGUCGAAUAAGCAAUAUCUUGUCUGAUUACAUGCUAUACCUUGUUCUAGUGCAUCCAACAAUGCUACCCAAAGACUUUGGCAAUACCACAAAAGAAAGUUUUAUACCUGACAAAAAAAAACCUGAUCUGAUCAGAAACGAGAGCCAAAGAAUGGCUUCAAUGUUUUCUGAGGGAGGUACACUGGACACAGUUGCAGCAAUCAAGCUCUUUACCAAUGGACUACUUGGCAUUGGGGAUGCUGAGGUUUUUUUCUCUUUCGAAGUUACUAGCAAUAGUUCUUUGACACAAGUUGAGGACACGGAACCUAAUGUACUAGUCGAGGGACUACAUGUUGCCCAUCAAUUGCUAGGGCUUUUGGACCAAUUCAGGUAUGAUUAUGAUGGCAUAUGGGAAAUAGUGUCUGAUAUAUGGAUGAAAAUGCUGAUUCAUGUAGCCAAAUACUGUUCGUGGAAGGAGCAUGCACUAGCGUUGAGGCAAGGUGGAGAGCUGCUGACUUACGUCUCUCUUCUUUUAGCUCAUUUUGGCUUAAGCCAUUACAUCGAACCGUCGUGA